UAUACCAUACUGUUGAAUUUAGAGUUGACUGUAAAAAUAAUUCACGCCGCUCGCACGAAGGAGUUGUAAGGCGAUUGUAGUUUUUUGACGUUACAAUCGCAAUCGUAGACCAAAUUUGACUCGUACAUAAAAGUGGCCAGGGCAAAGGCUAAUGGAGAAUGUACCGGCGAUUAGCUUUUGUUGCCUUCAUUAUCACAAGAGUUACACACAAUAAUGAUUCAGCAGCUAGCAACAACAACAUAUGAAAGAAAUGUUCGUAACAUCUUUUUAAGACAAUUACAUUGCACAUUUUAAACUUGAGGGUGGUGUCACGUAGUACAGUUAUUGAAGAAAGAGCUUUUCAUUACUAACAUCUGAGAAGGAGCUCAUUGGCUAAGAAUAAUGUCACCCUAGCAUUUACAACUGCUGCGAUUACUCAUCGGAUAUAGUGAUAGUGAAACUAGAUAAGUAGGGUUUUUUGAAGAAAAUGAAAACUAAUCUUCAAGGCGUCAGUGCUAUAUAAAUGACAAGUGGAAAGAAGACAGGUGAAGCUUGUAAUGUGUUGAAUGAUGCAGUCGUGUGCGUGACUUCGUGUACCGGUCGGCAAUGGAGCCCAGAAUGCAUUACAUGGAGAGAAUUGAGUUUUAUUUGCCUCCAACUAUUGCAGUUCAUGGUGAAGACGUGGUAGAUGGUCCUUCUCCAGUCGGAUCUGCUCAAAAUGAUGUCGACCAUGGGCCAACAACACAGCAGAGUGCUCAGGGGAGUACUGUAACUCAGCCAACUGAUAAUGAGGACAGAAGGUCCUUCUCAUUUGGAGCUGCCAACACAUCGGUAGAUGUGACUGAUUCAUUCAGAGAGAAUGUCAGUAAACUGUCUGCUGAACAGCGUUUGAUCUUGGAUUUCCUGGUUGAAGAUUUAAGUAAAGGGAGAUGUAAACUGAAUUUUUGCGAGGAGACAAGGAAAGUGGUUGUCCAUGACAUAAAACAGGAAUCGCAGUUUGCAGCAAAAAUUCCUGAACGCACUUUGAAAAUAGCAAACAAAUUAAAAGCAGAUAAUAAACAGCUAGAGACCAAGGAAUUUUGUGACUUUAUUGACAGAAUAAAGCACAUGAAACCCCCAGGUGGUGUGGUGCUAAAGGAUGAUAUGGUUACACUUGGUCCACUUCAAAGAUACAGAGAAGGAAUAGAGUUCUUCAUAAUACCAGAUGUUACUCUUGGUAAAGGUCUUAAUGCCACCAUCCGAGUGUUGGAAGAUAAAGGAUCUAUGUGUAGACAUGCACUAAAAUCUGUUAUGGUGAAUAACUUUCAAAGCAAUGAAAUUCGGGCAAUGGUUGCCUUGAAAGAUUACCAGAUUUGUCCUGAGCUAUAUGCAUGUCGUCUGUAUGAGAACGAGGUCUCGCUAUACAUGGAAAAACUGGAUAAUUGUGUUACACUUGAAGAGGUCAUUAGGCAGCUUCCAAGCAUUGAGCAUAAUCCACAUCAUCGUUUCAACUUUGCCUUGUACAUUUUGCUCAAACUGUCAAAAAUUGUCAACACAAUACAUGUAUGCGGCUGGUUCCACUGUGACUUGCAUAGUGGAAAUGUGGUGAUGCAGAGAGCAAACAGUAAUGAUGUGAAACUUAAAGUCAUAGACUUUGGAAAUGCUAAAGGCUCUAGAGAAACUAGUAAAAGUGAAGACAAGGUCAACGCUAGUAAAUCUGAUGUUUGCAAUAUGCUAAGGCAAUUUUGUAGUUUAGUUUUACUUGGUGACUGGUUUGAAGACUUAUUUGACUUUGAGAAAAAUUUUGAUCGUGUGAUCAAAGAAGUGGCCAAUACAGUUCUACCAUCAGACUUGACACAAUAUCUGUUGUCUAUAAUACAAAAUGGGUUUAAUCUUAAAGCAGUGUUUGACCAUGAGGCAUUUAUCAGCAAAUUGCCAGGCCAUUCUCACAAUAUUCAUGCUGAGGACAUUUCCAUCGUAGUUGAGAAACUAGAAUUUACAACUGAGUCAGACUUCACUGAUCUUCAUUCUAGUCAGAGGAAAGAUUUGUUGCCCUGUAUGGAAAAGCUUUACGUGUAAAGCGAUCACAUGCUCUUUGCUAGGGACAGUGGAUGUUUGCACAUGUAGUCAGUUGGGCCUCUGAUUUAUAGAAACUAUUGUUUUGACUGCUUUUAUUGAUGUCCUAUUUUUGCCAUGUUCUGAAGGCACAGCAUGUCACUUUAAGCUCAGCAUUUUUCAAAAGUGUUGUUUUAAUGCAUUUAUGUGCAUCUAAAAGUGCAUUUUUGCAUACCUGCAUAACUUUACAGGGAAUACUGUAAUAGACAAGUUAGCAUAUGCAUAAUUUAUGAAUAAUUUUUCUUGAAGUAGACAUGGAUUAGAUAUGCUUCUGUAUGUGUAGUAUGGUAACAGAUUACUUUUUUGACUGUAGAAAUGUAUAGUUUUUGUUGUAUUUAUGUCACACACAUCAAAGAGAGUUAAUUAUGAUCUUGGUGCCUCAGUGACCUGUGUGACGCUAUAACAUGGGAGCAUCUCAUCAAUUUGGUUGCUGUGAGUUCAAGUUCAGCUCAUGCUGGCAUCCUCUUCGGUCAUACGUGGGAAGGCCUGACAGCAACCUCAGGCUUUGUCCGGUUUGCUCCCACCGUAAUGCUGGCCUCCUUUGUAUAAGUGAAAUAUUACAUCGUAAAACACAAACCAAAUAAAUAAAUAAUUAUGCUCUCCAUGUUUUUGGUGUUUUUGCCAAUGUUUUACACAUGACAUUUAUCAACCCUCUUUCUUAUUGGAGUACUGUAUUUACCAGUACCAAGAAAAUAUGUUACAACAUGUUCAUAGGCUUUAAUUUUUGUUCAUUUGUCAUGUUUGAACCAAAUAUUACACUGAAAUUUGUUUUCAACACACAUAGACCAUGUUUUUUACUGUCUUCCACAUAAUGUGUGCAAUGAUUUGGAUGUUCCUUGCCAUCAGCAAAAAUAUUAAUAUAUUUGUUACAUAUAUACUAUGCUGUUAUUUAAUACUGUCAGUCGAGAGUGGGCUGUGGCUAAGGAAUUAAUGUGUUAUUUUUCAAUUAUUAGGACAGGUGAACGUUGUUUUAAUCCAGGCCUUGGACAAGGAAUUUGUGUUUUCAUUGUUCAUAAGGCCUAUUAUGGUGAAAAUAUGCAGUUAAGGAAGCUUUUGUGGUAAUUUGAGAAGUCUUAACUUUUUUUGAAGAUCACAUGUUGUCCACCAAUAUGCAUGUCUGCAUGUUUUUUUUUUUAACCAUGUAGCCAUCAGUUUUGACCAAAGCUGCUAUUUCACUUCAUUUAAUUCUCUGCCAUGUUGCUGGCUUUUCCAGUGUGGCCUAUAACUCACAAAGAUAAGGAAAGACAUCUGUAUGUCGUAUGUAGUAAAGUUGAUCCGUAAUUUGCCAAAGGUCAGUGGUUUACUCUGGCCCUACAGUUCCCUCCGCCAUGAAAUUGACAUCAGUACAACUAGAAGUGAAGAAUUUUCGAGUAGGGCAUUAAGUAAAGAUUGGGCAUUCCAUGACAGACGUUGCCAGGAAUACAACAUUUAUAUUGCUUAAAUAUGUCAUAUAUUAUGGUUACAACUUGCACAGAUUCAGAUUUAGGCUGGAGUGGUACAGUGAAAUAUUAAUUUGAGCAUAAAUCAGAUUAUUUUCAGUUUGCGAUACUAAUCCAAUAUAGAAUCAAUGUAUUGUGUUGUACACUGACAGGUAUACAUUGUAGUGGUAUAUAUACAUAAUAUCAUAAUAUACAUAAGUUUACAAGUUUAUGAUGCAUUGCCUGUUUAUUUGCUUUGCUCUUGUGCAUUGGUGGGUAAAUUAACUGGGUAACAGGUCUACCAAAGCUUGUAAUAACUCUUGCCAAAAUAUGCAUGUACAUAUAUAAAGACCUAGUCUAAUUAAAACAUCUUGUUUUAAAUGUAUGUGAAAAUUGUUUUUUCAUAGAUGAUCUGAACAUAUGUAUGCGUACUUACUCUAAUAGCAAAUCUUGUCUUUAAUUUAUGUGAAAACUGUUUUGUCAUAGAUGAUCUGAGCAUGCACUGUACACUUGAUUUUAUGGUAAAGAUUUAAACUGAGGCAAAAAUUUACAAAUCCCAGGCUUACCAGUCUUUGUCAUGGUCUAUUAAUAAUGGCAGUCACUUCAUACCCUGCGGGGAAGGGGGGGGGGGGGGCUUCCGUGCCACUGCUUGUGGGCCUGAGGGACAAUGUAAAGGUGGGUUAGACAGGUAGCACCAGUGUGUCAGUUAUUUGUUUUGAAACGAAGUGUUAAAACGCACCUGUACAACUCAAGUGUAUGAGUUAUGUGAUGUGAAAAGAAAUGGUGGCAUAAAAACGUACAAGCAAAUUUUAUGUUGGAACACUUCAACAUGUACCAGUUCCCCAUCAUAGCUAGUAAUAUAAUGUACAUCUCUACCGAGUUGGAAAUUAAUUUUUCAAGACUUCUGUAUUUGGAACCCGUUGUGCUUGGGUCUAGUUGUUAUUAAUAUGUUAUACACAAUCCUCAUUCUUUGUAAUACCAGGUAGAGGAGUUCUGGUCCUAGGAUAUAGUUGCUGUGAAUAUGUUAUACAUAAUCCUCAUUCUUUGUAAUCCCAGGUAGAUGAGUUCAGGACCUAGGAUCAUGGAGCAAUCUUGGAUUUAAGUCAUUACAUUUGAUAUGUUCCUUUUGUGUUAUUUUAGCUGAAAUUUGUUGUACAUUAACUUACCCAAAAUUUAUGUUGUUAAGCCAUAGUUACCUAGUUACAUCAGAAAUAACAUUUUUAAAGUGAUUUAAAAUUUUCACUGCAGUCUAAGGUCUCUUUGUGAUCCCAGAUGCAGGUCUUGUUUCAGUUGUGAUGAACACAUACUGGUAAUUAUUGUCACUACAUGUGCAGUUAACUUUUCCUUUAGCAGUGACUUAAUUUGCCUUGUACAUGUAGAGCGGAGGAUUAGAAAUAAUUUGCUGCAGUUUGCUGUUUAUCAAGCCAGUGUUCAAUGUACAUAACAUAGGCCAUCCUUUAGUCUGGCCAAGCCUUAACAUAUUAAAAAGUUGAAAGAGACUAACUGGUAGCCAUAGCGGUAAAUACACAUGAACUGAUGAAGAAUUGUCCCACUUCAAGCUCUCUGUGCAAAUAGUUCUUAAAAUACUGCCUUGUCAUGAAAACCUGUGUAUCAUGAAAAAAAGGAAUAAGGCAACAGCAAUUUAAUUUUGUGUUUUAUGGCAAGCUGACUAAAGAAGAAACCAAAGAUGAAAUGAUAAUAAA